AUGAUCAUGAGCUCGUAUUUGAUGGAGUCUAACUACAUUGAUCCGAAAUUUCCUCCAUGCGAGGAAUAUUCGCAAAAUAACUACAUCCCUGAACAUAGUCCAGAAUAUUACAGCCGCGCAAGGGAGUCUGGCUACCAGCAUCACCAUCAGGAGUUAUAUCCUCCGCGGGCGAGCUACCAAGAGCGCCAGUAUAACUGUGCAAGCAUCCCUGAACCUGACACGCCAAGGGGACAUGGAAUACCCCAUUCUGCGCACCUGCUGAUAGGGAAGGGGCAACCUGCUUCAUGUGAAACCCCACAGUUGUCCAUGUCCCCCGCCACCCCACCGGCCGCAGCCUCCGCCUGCAACCAAGCUACCCCGGAGCAUCCAAACAGCACAGCCUCCUCCAAGCAGCCCGUGGUGUACCCGUGGAUGAAGAAAAUUCACGUCAGCACUGUGAACCAGGGUUACAAUGGGACGGAGCCCAAGCGGUCUAGGACAGCAUACACCCGGCAGCAAGUCUUAGAAUUGGAGAAGGAAUUCCACUAUAACCGGUAUUUAACUCGGCGGAGGCGCAUCGAGAUUGCCCAUACCCUGGUUCUCUCUGAGCGACAGAUUAAAAUCUGGUUUCAAAACCGCAGGAUGAAAUGGAAAAAGGAUCACAGGCUCCCGAACACCAAAGUGAGAUCCUCCUCUUCCUCCUCCUCCUCCGGGUCCAACACAAGCUCAGCAGCCGGCGCUGUUGCCGCUGCCUCGGCCACUAACACUGGUGCCUCCGACGAACUCACCGGAGCGCAACAUGGAGAGGAUAUUACCAGGUAAAGAAAAGCGGACUGCUGAUAGGAAAUUUGUCUGAAGAAAUACCGCAGAAGCUUCUUCGGGAGCCCCAAGUUGCCAGCGGAUUACUUUACAACUCCAGAGCUCGGUCAUUGGAGGACAGCCACACGUGACCAAGGCACCCUUCUGUUCCAGGUUGAGCCCAGAUGAACAGUUUCAGUGCCCACUGGAGCCUCUGGUUCACCUCCGUGCCAAGGGCAAGCUGGACAUCAAGAGCAGGAGCUGCAGUCUACUCACCAUCUGCCGUUCAGGAGUA